AUGGCGUCGCUGCCGCCACUACUCUGCCUCUGUGUCGCUGCCGCGCACCUGGCGGGGACCCGAGGCACCAUUUCCACUGAGGAGCCCACAGAAAUUGCAUGGGGCCUUGAGGGUCCAUCGUUGCGCCCUGGCCAGCCCUCAGCAGCGCUGGAGGACUGGGAAGAGGCCAGCGAGUGGACGUCCUGGUUCAACGUGGACCAUCCCGGCGGCGACGGAGACUUCGAGAGCCUGGCCGCCAUUCGCUUCUAUUACGGGCCGGCGCGCGUGUGCCCGCGGCCUUUGGCACUGGAGGCACGCACCACCGACUGGGCCCUGCCGUCUGCCGUCGGCGAGCGCGUGCACUUGAACCCCACGCGCGGUUUUUGGUGCCUCAACCGCGAGCAGCCGCGCGGCCGCCGCUGCUCCAACUACCAUGUGCGCUUCCGCUGCCCGCUCGAGGCUGCGUGGGGCUCGUGGGGCCCGUGGGGUCCCUGUUCAGGGAGCUGCGGGCCAGGCCGUCGUCUGCGCCGCCGCCGCUGCUCAAUCCCGGCUGGGGACGCGUGUCCCGGGCGUCCCCAGGAGGCGCAGAAGUGUGUGCGGCCUCCGUGCCCAGGGUGCAGCUCCAAAACGUGUGGGUGCCCUGACCACAUCCUCCUGGGCUCAGUGGUCACCCCAUCUGGCCGACCACUGCCAGGAGCCAGGGUCUUCCUGCGAGACUGGCCUGGCACUGUGGCCACCAGCGAUGCCCAUGGAACCUUCCGGAUGCCUGGAGUCUGUGCCAGCAGCCGGGCCAAUGUCAGUGCUCAAAUGGAUGGCUUCUCUGCAGGCAUGGCCCAGGCCCAAGCCAAUGGCUCCAUAUCUGCCGUGGUCACUGUUGUCCUUAAUAAGUUGGAGAAGCCCUACCUGGUGAAGCACCCUGAGUCCCGAGUGCGAGAGGCUGGCCAGAACGUGACCUUCUGCUGCAAAGCCUCCGGCACCCCCAUGCCCAAGAAAUACUCCUGGUUCCACAAUGGGACCUUGCUGGACAGGCGAACACACAGGUACGGGGCCCAUCUGGAGCUGCGGGGGCUGCGCCCGGACCAAGCAGGCACCUACCACUGCAAAGCGUGGAAUGACGCGGGCGCCGUGCGCUCGGGCACUGCCCAGCUCACUGUGCUUGACCCAGGCCAGCCUGCCUGCGACCCCAGGCCUCAUGAGCACCUGAUUAAACUCCCAGACGACUGCAGUCAGCCAGGCAGCAGCCCUGCCUACCUGGACGUGGGCCUCUGCCCCAACACCCUCUGCCCCAGCCGUGCAGGGUCAAGCCCUCGAUGUGGGGAUGUGGGCUCCCGCUGCUGCUCUGUGCGCCGCCUGGAGAGCAAGGAGAUCCACUGCUCCAGCUACAUCCUCCCGGUCAAGGUGGUAGCUGAGUGUGGCUGCCAGAAAUGCCUGCCCCCUCGGGGGCUGGUCCGGGGACGUGUGGUGGCUGCUGACUCUGGGGAGCCCCUGCACUUCGCCCAAAUCCUGCUGGGCCAGGAGCCCAUAGGAUUCACAUCCUACCAGGGUGACUUCACUAUCGAGGUGCCACCCUCCACCCAGCGGCUGGUGGUGACUUUCAUGGACCCCAGGGGCGAGUUCAUGGACACUAUCAGGAUCCUGCCUUUUGAUCCUCGAGGUGCUGGUGUGUACCACGAGGUCAAGGCCAUGCGAAAGAAAGCCCCAGUCAUCUUAGAUGCCACCCAGAGCAACACGAUCCCACUCGGGGAGCUGGAAGACCAGGCCCCCUUGGGCGAGCUGGUCCUUCUGCCGGGAGCCUUCCGCAGAGCCAAUGGUGAACCCUACUCGGGGGCUGUGGAGGCCCGGGUGACAUUCGUGGACCCCCGAGAUCUCACCUCUGCCACUGCCGCCCCCAGUGACCUGCGCUUCGUGGACAGCGACGGUGAGCUGGCGCCGCUGCGCACCUACGGAAUGUUCGCGGUGGACCUCCGCGCCGCCGGCUCUGCGGAGCAGCUGCAGGCGGGGCCCGUGGCCGUGCGCGUGGCUGCAGGCCAGAUCCACAUGGCGGGGCACGUGGAGGCCCUCAAGUUGUGGUCCCUGAACCCCAACACGGGCUUGUGGGAGGAGGAGAGUGGCUUCCAGCGCCAGGGGUCAGCGGCCACUCGGGUCCGCCGGGAGGAGCGGGUCUUCCUGGUGGGCAACGUGGAAAUCCGGGAGCGGCGUCUGUUCAACCUGGACGUGCCGGAGCGCCGCCGCUGCUUCGUGAAGGUGCGCGCCUACGCCAACGACAAAUUCAACCCCAACGAGCAGGUGGAGGGCGUGGUGGUCACGCUGGUCAACCUGGAGCCCGCCCCCGGCUUCUCGGCCAACCCUCGGGCCUGGGGCCGCUUCGACAGCGCCGUCACCGGCCCCAAUGGCGCCUGCCUCCCUGCCUUCUGCGACAGUGACUCGCCCGACGCCUACACGGCCCUGGUCACGGCCACCCUGGGCGGGGAGGAGCUGGAGCCCGCACCUUCCCGACCCCGCCCGCUCCCGGCCACUGUGGGGGUGGCCCAGCCCUACCUGGACAGGCUGGGUUACCGCCGCACCGACCACGACGACCCCGCCCUCAAACGAAACGGCUUCCGCAUCAAUCUGGCCAAACCCAGGCCUGGCGAAUCCACUGAGGCCAACGGCCCCGUGUACCCGUGGCGCAGCCUGCGGGAGUGCCAGGCGGCCCCGGUGACGGCCAGCCACUUCCGCUUCGCGCGCGUGGAGGCGGACAGAUACGAGUACAACGUGGUCCCAUUCCGCGAGGGGGUGCCGGCCUCCUGGACCGGGGAUCUCCUGUCCUGGUGGCCCAACCCACAGGAGUUCCGGGCCUGUUUCCUCAAGGUGAAGAUCCAGGGUCCCCAGGAGUACAUGGUCCGCUCCCACAAUGCUGGGGGCAGCCACCCUCGCACCCAGGGCCAGCUCUAUGGGCUCCGGGAUGCCCGCAGCGUCCGGGACCCGGAGCGCUCUGGCAUGUCGGCUGCCUGUGUGGAGUUCAAGUGCAGUGGGAUGCUGUUCGACCAGCGACAGGUGGACAGAACACUGGUGACCAUCAUGCCCCAGGGCAGCUGCCGUCGCGUGGCUGUCAACGGGCUCCUGCAGGAUUACUUGGCCCGGCACCCACCGCUAGCGCCGGCCGAUGACCCUGCUGCCUUUUCCAUGCUGGCCCCAUUGGACCCUCUGGGUCACAACUACGGUGUCUACACAGUCACUGACCAGAGCCCAAGGCUGGCCAAAGAGAUCGCCAUUGGCCGCUGCUUUGAUGGCUCCUCCGAUGGCUUCUCUAGGGAGAUGAAGGCUGAGGCUGGCACCGCCGUCACUUUCCAGUGCCAGGAGCCACUGGCUGGCCGGCCCAGCCUCUUCCAGAGGCUGCUGGAGUCCCCGGCGGUAGCGCUUGAUGAUAUCCGCAGGGAGAUGGGUGAGGUGGCCCGGGCACAAGCCCGAACCACGGGUCCACUCCGCACCCGCCGGGGCAGGGCCCGGCAGUGACCUGGGCCCCAGCUUCACUCCUCUGCCUUGCUCUGGGCUCCUCGGUCCCCAGAAGUCUUAUCCCCUUCUCCAGACGCUCCCUCCCCAGGUUUCUGGGCCCCCUUUGCCCCCUGCCCAGAAUUCAGAGUCAAGUCCGAUGGUGGAAACGCCAGGUGUGACAUGAAAUGGAGUUUGCCCUGACUGUGGGAGCCAGCGUCCUGAGAGGCCAUCGGGCAGGCGUCCGGCUGAGGCCCAGAGGGAAUCGCUCCCAGCUCACGUGCCUGCCCUGAUUGCAUGUGUCUUUCGACCCUGAUUUCAGAUCUUCUGCCCCUUGGCAUUUCUGGCCUUUGGCCUGAGCCCUCUCUGCAUGUCGCUGAACUGGGUUCUUUAUUGGGUCCUCUGCCCCAAGCUUUGCUCUUGGGGUUAUUUAUUGAAACAAAGCCUGUGAGGCUGGUCAUGGGCGUGAGUGGGGGCUCCGGGCCCAGUGAAGGUCUGGGGCAGGGGCUUCUUGGCUCUGGGGCUGGGGGGCACAAUUCUCACAUGUUUGGUGCUUGGAGACCCCCUACCCAGGGGGGUCAGGGCAGGGAACCAAUUAAAGAUGCUUCAUUUCCAA